GUCACAACUCAUCAUGUCCACCAAAGAUGUCGAUGUGGGCAAUACAGAAACACCAAAAGAUUUACUCGAACAGCACAAAACUCCAGCAGCUCUGCUUGCUGGUGCAUCGGGUACAGCAUCUAUGCAUUCGUUGACCAAUAUGACAUCCAUGGCUCAAGCUAUAGUAUCUUCACGCGAUGAUAUCAAGACAGCAGCAUCACCUCCAGCUCAAUCUACAAAACAAAAUGCAGGUGUGAAUAAUGAGCCAUCAGUUGCUGGCACAACAAAAGCAGACACUGUCGCUGCUAAGCGUCGCAUCAUUGCUGAGGAUCCUGAAUGGAAUCUAGCUCCUGUUGAACGACUAAGUGAAUUAUGUGUAAAGGUGAUUGUUCAGAAUUUCAAGGAGAAACCAUUUUUAAAAGGUAUACCGGAAAAAUACAAAGAUAAGAUUAUUGAGCAGGUAUCAAUCGAUAUUCCACUAAAUAUCGCAGCACCAUUAAUUCCAUACGAGUCGUAUUGGCAACGCCGCGGAAAAGUUCGAUUUCGUCUCAACAAUGUUCAAGACCAUGGAGGAUCGUGGAGACAAUCCUAUUUCGAGUUACACUUGCAAGACAGAAUCGAAUCAUAUUUACCUCAAAAGGAUGAAGAUAUAUAUGGACCAACUGAUGCCAUGUCUAAACUGCUGGAUGAUGUGAAAGUUGGCGCGCCAUUUGUGAAGCGUAUCGAGGUGAAGCAAUUGAGAUCUAAUGAUCAAAGUAUCGGUUUAAAACCUGGAAACUCUACAGUCACUGCUGGUGUGACAAGUGAAGUUCAACCUGCUAUCAAAGUUGCAAACCAGUUACCGAUUGGCACGACUCUCGAGUCUACACACCUUCGCGAAGACGUAUCUGGAGGCAUGACAGGUUCAUUGCAGCCACCCAAUACAAUUCCACAAGAGUAUCUGAAUCAAUCAGCUGAAUUCCAAAAAAAAAUCAAAUCCAGCGAUCAGCAUCUAGACCAUAUUAAUUUGGCUCAAGUAUUUGUUCACUUGACUCAUUUACAAGAGCUAAGCAUUUAUUAUGGAGUCAAGGAUUGCGGAAUCAAUUUUUCAUGGGCUUACUUUGGAAUGACACUCAAUGACUGCGUGAGAUUAUCCGAGUAUUUAAAAGUAUCCAAUCUGAGUAAGCUUACUGUCCGUGCAAGUGCAGUGGAUGACGACAAAUGCAGAGUAUUAUGCCAUGCGCUGCUUUUGAACACAACCCUAACACAUUUAGAUUUAUCGCACAAUAAAAUCGGCGACAGUGGUGCGUGUGGGUUGGCUAAAGUGAUAUCUGCUCCCCAAACAGUAAUGAGUGUUCUUCAUCUUUCCAAUAACAGUAUCGGUCUUACAGGCGCUCAAUCUAUGGGAAAAUCACUGACAGUCAACACAAGUUUGCGUCAGCUAGAUUUACGACUGAAUCGUCUUGGUGAUGGAGGUGGCCAUGCUCUUUGCACAUCUCUUGUAAAAAACAAAACCGUUACAGAAGUAGAUAUUUCCGGAAAUGGGUUGGGCGUAAGAAGCGUGACUGCUUUAUGCGAGUUGUUGAAACGAAAUGGUGAAGCGCUGACCCAGUUAGAUAUAAGCUGUAACAAGCUUGGAAAUCAUAGCCAUUCAGUUAUAAUGGAAGGUUCUGCAAGCGGCGGCAGUGCAGUGACGAAUCCAACUGCGACUUUAACUGAUCCAUCUGCUGAUCAUGCUGGCUUACCUCUUGCAAAUGCUACCAAUGACGUGAAUUCGUUUGGGAUUGUCCACAAUGGAAGCGAAAGCGAUCUUGUUGGAAAAAUGAUAUUCGAAGCCAUUAGUCUCAACAAGUACAUCACCAAACUGGAUUUGCGCAUGACAGAUUUAUCUCCGAAAUUUCUCAUUGCCAUUCAAGGAAUCGUUAAUGAAAACGUAAUUAGUUGAGGAUUUGUCGAUAAUAGUUUGAUCAUUUAAUAAA